AUGCAGCACGAGCACCAGCAGGAGCAACAUGAGCAUCGGCACGAACAGCAGCAGCAUGAGCAUCAGCAGCAGCAGCAGCAGCAUGAGCGUCGGCACGAACAGCAGCAGCAGCAUGAGCAUGCGCAGCAGCACGAACAGCAGCAGCAGCAGCACGUGCAUCAGCAGCAGCACGAGCACGAGCAGCAGCAGCACGAGUACGAGCCUGCGCAUCAGCAUGAACAUCAGCAGCAGCAUGAUCAACAGCCACAGCACCAUAGACAGCAACAGCAGCCGCUGCAGCAGCAGCAUGAUAAACAUCCACAGCAGCACGAACAUCAUCAUCCUCAGCAGCAGCAGCAGCAGCAUAAUGACGAUAAUAAAAACGACAAUAGUAAUGACAAUAAUAAUAAUGAUAAAUACAAUAAUAAUAAUAAGCAGCAGCAGCAGCAGCAGCAGCAGCAGCAGGAGUGA